GUCCGCAGUUAUGAUAUAAAUACCGAGCGUCUGGCCAUGAGCAGCACUUUCAUCUUUGUCUAAACACAGAAGAGAAAUGAGCGGUAGAGGAAAGGGAGGGAAGGGACUCGGCAAAGGAGGCGCCAAGCGCCACCGUAAGGUCCUCCGCGAUAACAUCCAGGGCAUCACCAAGCCCGCCAUCCGCCGCCUGGCUCGCCGUGGCGGCGUCAAGCGUAUCUCCGGCCUCAUCUACGAGGAGACCCGCGGCGUGCUCAAGGUUUUCCUGGAGAACGUCAUCCGCGACGCCGUCACCUACACCGAGCACGCCAAGAGGAAGACCGUCACCGCCAUGGACGUGGUCUACGCCCUCAAGCGGCAGGGACGCACUCUCUACGGCUUCGGAGGCUAAACUUCACCCGCUCACACUACAACUCAAAGGCUCUUUUAAGAGCCAACCA